AUGUCAAUAUUGGAGAAGCAGAUCCAGCAAGCCUCGAGCCGCAAUACGGAGCUGCUCCAAAUCCUCGCCGAGACCGACUACGCUGUCCCCACCCUCAACGAGCAGCUCCGACUGAUUCACGAUCUGGACAAAGAGCUCAACAAAAACUAUGUCACUCUCAGGCAGCUCAACGACCAACGCGAGGCGGAGCUGAAGGACCAUGUAAGUUACCGCGACAGCCACUUCCGUCGCUUUCUGUUCAAGGCGACAGGCCAGAAGGACAAGUUUGCCGCACAGGCAUCAAAGGAAGAAAAGCAGUACUUCGACCUUCUUUGGCGCCAUCAUGAAACAUCCGUCUUGAACGAGAGCUUGAAGAAGCAGCUCCAGGGCGCCAGAGCAGCAGUGACCCAGCUAGAGCCUCAAGCAAAGAUCCACCAGGCCGCCCAGCAGGAGCUUGACAAUCUGUAUAAUGCUAUCUUUGGAGGGGAAACACCACACUUUCCCACCGAAGAUGCUCUCGAGAGGGAGAACGAGAUGGCACUGCAGCGCUAUCAUGACCUCCGUGUGCGACAUGAGCAGGAAGCCCAGAGUGUCAAGUUGAUGACCGAGGCGACGAGGAGGGUCAAGCACGCUGCAGACCUGAUGGCUUUGGCGAGGACGGCUUCUCGGAUGGAUAUAAUGGGUAACAAUAUGGCCGACAUCGUCGAGCGUAGUGCUCUAGGCCAGGCCGAGAUGGCCUAUCGUGAGGCCAGGCAUUUGGCACAACUUGCCCGAUAUGACGACCUGCCCAGUGUUAACAUCAACCAGGGGCACGUCAUGAGCGAUAUGCUCAUGGACAAUAUCUUCAGUGAUAUGGAGUUCCAUGAGGAGAUUAAGAGGGGUCAGCGAGAAAUGGAAAGUUUAGAGUGGAAGUUGGGACAGAGGCUCAAGAUGGCACAGGAAAGGAAGAAGGCUGUUCAGCUACAGCUCAACGAAGCAGAGAAGGAGUUGGAAAUAAGGCGAAGAAAACUUCAAGCGGAGAGAAUGAAAGUGUUUGAACAGCUUACUACCCACAAACGAUGA